ACUCAAUUUCCUUUUCUGCAAGUUAGUUCCUUAGAGCAAUAUAUGACGACACUGAAUUUUUAUUCAGCAAAUAACCAUGCUUGCUUGCUUGCUUCAGCAUUAUUAUAAGUAUAGAAGAUUAGAAGAAGAGCAACACACCCAAAUUAUCUCAUCAAACUCCAUCAUCCAUGGCUAGAGCAAAUGCCACCCUUCCUAUCAGUUUCUUCAAGAUUAUUCUUCAAACCAAUCUUCAAACUAUUAAAAUACCAAAUAAAUUUACAAAGAUUCAUGGAGCAAGUCUCCCAAAUCCAGUGAUGAUGAAGCCUCCUGAUGGCACAAAAUGGAAAGUGUUUUGGAAAAACAUCAAUGGUGAGAUAUGGUUUCAAAAGGGUUGGAGUAUUUUUACUAAAAACUACUCUCUACAACAUGGUUGUUUGGUAGUGUUUAAGUAUAAGGAAGGAAGUUCAGAGUUAGAUGUAAUCAUACUUGGCCAGAAUGCAGUAGAAAUCGAUUAUGGUUUUUCAUGUAACACUCUUGAUGAAACUGAAAACCUUGGCCAUAGUGAUGAUGAAUCAGUUGAGAUUUUAAAUGACGAUGAUGAAUCAUUUGAGAUUUUGAAGGAUAAGAAGGCUAGACAGAAGUCACCUUUAGUUUCUCCUAGACCACAUAAAAAAGUUAGAGGUGAGAUUAAGGAGACUAGUGGAAAAAAUACAUCAUUGAAUUGUCCAAGAGGAAAGAGAGCUCAAGAAGUAGCUGCAAAGUUCAUCUCUAGCAAUCCUUUUUUCACUAUUCUCAUAAAACCUAAUCAUCUCAGAGAUUAUCGGAUGAGUGUACCAAAUCUCAAAGGAAUUAUUGAGGAUAAAGAGAAGUAUCUGAUUCUGAAGAAUGAGAAAAUGUUGUGGAAUGUGAAAUUGCUUUGUUCCAAGAAGAAUUCAAACGAACGCUUCCUAUCAGCUGGUUGGUCCUUAUUUGCACGUGAAACUGGACUGCAAUCAGGAGAUGUUUGUGUUUUUGAACUGAUGAACAAAGAGGAUUUAGUUUUUAAAGUUCAUGUUUUCUGAAGGGAAAGUUAAUUUAUCUGUUUGAAGUUGUUGUUUUGAGUGAAAGUAAGUUUAGCUUUAGUUGGAAUUGUGCUUUAUUAGGUAACUGGAUCUGU